UUAGUUUAGUUUUUAGAAUUUAUUUAUUUAUUUAUUUUUAAACAAAAAUAAAAACUAAAAAAAGGUGUGAGUUGUGUGAGUUGUUGGUGGUUGUUGGUGGUGGUGCUCCUCAUCGUCAUCGUCUUCGGCUUUCCGAUCUGGUUCUCUUUCAGGUAACGUAACAAACCCUAACUCCAUCACUAUCACUACCAUUACUUUCUUCAAUCUCCAAUUUAUUCAAUUAAUCACAUUCAAACUCUGGAAUGGGUUAAACCCCCCAAAACAAAAACAAAAAUGGUUCUCACUCGCAUUAGGGAUUUGAUCUGGUCUUCUUCUUCUUCAUCACCAUCAUCAUCAUCAUCCUCUUCUUCUUCUUCAACUUCCGAAUUGUUACCUACUCGAGACUCUGGAUUAUUGCCGCCGCGAGAUUACGAUCUCGGCCUUGGUUUCCCCAACAAGAACAACAAUUUGCGUCUCUCUUCCUCUCUUCAGGAUCUCUCUACUUACCAAAAGCUAAACCAGUUUCAUAACUCUUUAUACACUUCUCAUCAACAAAGUUUCUCAAAGGAAAAGGCUUCGCCUUUACCACCUGGAUCCCCUUACUCCGCUCGAAAGAAAUGUCUUCGUGUUCUCUUCCUAUUCCUUUGUCUUCUUCUCUUAGCUUUUAUUGUUUAUCUCUUUGUACUUUUUAUCUCUUCUUAUUGGUCUCAAGGUUCCUCUAAAUUCUAUGUUGUUCUUGAUUGUGGUAGUACUGGUACUAGAGUUUAUGUAUAUCAAGCUUCUUUGUAUCAACAUUCACAGCGUACUAUCCCCAUUGUUAUCAAAUCUUUGAACCCAGAAAAAAGUUUACAUAGAAAGCCUUCCUCUCAAAGUGGUCGUGCUUAUCAUAGAAUGGAGACUGAACCAGGAUUACACAAAUUGGUUCACAAUAUCUCUGGUUUGAAAUCUGCUAUUAAACCCCUUGUUCGUUGGGCAGCCAAGCAAAUUCCGCGACACGCUCAUGAGACUACCUCGGUGUUUCUUUAUGCUACCGCGGGUGUUCGAAGGCUGCCUAGUGCAGAUUCGAAAUGGCUUCUUGACAAUGCCUGGUCCAUUCUCAAUUCUUCACCUUUUUUGUGUAGAAGAGAGUGGGUUAAAAUCAUUAGUGGCAUGGAAGAAGCUUACUUUGGUUGGAUAGCUCUUAACCAUUUAAAGGGUAUGCUUGGGGCUAAACCAAGAACUCCCACUUUUGGUGCUUUAGAUUUGGGGGGUUCUUCAUUGCAAGUUACUUUUGAGAGUGAACCUCAUGAUCAGAGUGAAACUAACUUGAAUCUUAGAAUUGGGAAUGUGAAUCAUCACCUCACUGCUUAUUCUCUUCCCGGGUAUGGUUUGAAUGAUGCAUUUGAUAAGUCUGUGGUUCAUCUUUUUAAGAGGCUUCCAGAGAACAUAAAAGCAGAGUUAUUGAGUGGGAAGGUACAAAUCAAGCACCCUUGCUUGCAGACUGGAUAUAAGGAACAAUACACCUGUUCUCAGUGUUCUAAGUAUCAACAAGGAAAGAGUUUGGAUGUUGGAGGAAAAUUAGGAUCUCGUGUGACUCUUAUCGGUGCUCCUAAUUGGGAUGAAUGCAGUGCACUUGCGAAAUUUGCUGUCAAUUUGUCUGAGUGGUCCAAUGUUAGUUCGGGUAUUAACUGUGAUUUACAACCUUGUGCCCUUGGUGAUGGAUUUCCUCGUCCUUUUGGACAAUUUUAUGCAUUGUCUGGCUUCUAUGUCGUUUAUCGGUUUUUCAACCUAUCUUCGGAUGCAGCACUUGACAACGUAUUGGAAAAGGGUCGGGAAUUUUGUGAGAGGACAUGGGAGACCGCAAAGAAUAGCGUUGCUCCACAGCCAUUUAUUGAACAGUACUGCUUUAGGGCGCCCUAUAUUGUAUCACUGCUGAGAGAAGGCUUGCACAUUAAGGAUAGUAAAAUCACCAUUGGUUCUGGUAGCAUUACAUGGACUCUUGGAGUGGCUCUGUUGGAAGCUGGGAAUGCGUUUUCGAGUAGAAUGGGGAUUCGCAACUAUUAUAUAUUUCAGAUGGAGAUAAAUCCGUUUCUUCUUCUUAUAGUUUUAUUUAUAUCAUUGUUUCUCCUUCUUUGUGUGUUAUCGUGUGCUGGCAAAUGGAGGCCGAAAUUUUUGAGAAGGUCAUAUCUUCCACUCUUCAGACAUAACAAUGCAUCAUCUGUAUCUGUUCUUGGCAUGACAUCUCCAUUUCGGCUCCAGCGAUGGAGUCCAAUUAGUUCUGGGGACGGAAGAGCAAAGACGCCUCUGAGUCCAACAAUCGGUAGUACUCAGCAGAGAGCGUUUGGUUUCGGUGCUGGAAUUGGCAGCAAUGGUGAAAUCCAGCUAAUGGAAUCUUCUCUAUACCCGUCGUCAACUAGCAGUGUUGCACAUAGUUAUUCGUCGACUAAUCUGGGGCAGAUGCAAUUCGACAAUGGUAGCACGGGUUCCUUCUGGUCUCCUCACAGAAGUCAGAUGCGUCUACAGAGUAGACGAUCGCAGUCUCGAGAAGACCUUAGCUCAUCAAUUGCUGAGGCACACAUGGUGAAGGUUUAGUUAUAUCAUUUGUCUGUGUCUGCUGCUCACCUUCUCUUAUUCAUAUCUUUUUUUUUUAAAGUGGAAAAUGCAAAAGCAAUUUGAGAAAAUGAGAAAUGUGAAUUUUUCAUGGAAAUUUAGGCAACAUUCUUUUUGUAACAUACAUGUAAUACUACCCUUCUUCAGCUGAUGAAUAGUUUCAUAAUAGAGAUUCAAUGUACUUCCUUUUUCUUUUGA